CCAUGGGGAGCUACUGAAGUGUGUGUUUUUUGUUUUUUGUGUUUUUUUUACUGAAGUGAAAAACCAAAACUUAAAACUUUACUGAAGUUUUAAGUAAAGGAGUAAUAUGAUCAGAUAUUUUGUAAAAGAAAAAUCAUUCUGGGCACAGUGUGGAGAAGGGAACAGAGGAGUAAGAGUGAGCAAAAAGGCCAGUUAGAGGUUAUUCCUGUACACCAGUGAGGUAUGAUAUGGUGAUCUGGCGAGGCCACAGCAUGGUGGUAAUAGAAAUGGAGAAAACAGGAAUGCUCCAAAACGGGAAGAAAUUUGAUUCAUCCAGAGACAGAAACAAACCUUUCAAGUUCAGAAUUGGCAAACAGGAAGUCAUCAAGGGUUUUGAAGAGGGUGCAGCCCAGAUGAGCUUGGGGCAGAGGGCGAAGCUGACCUGCACCCCUGAUGUGGCAUAUGGAGCCACGGGCCACCCCGGUGUCAUCCCUCCCAAUGCCACCCUCAUCUUUGACGUGGAGCUGCUCAACUUAGAGUGAAGGCAGGAAGUCGAGGUGGCUGGAGAUGGCUGCUGCUCACCCUCCUAGCCUGCUCUGCCACUGGGACGGCUCCUCCUGCUUGGGGCUCUUGAUCAGUGCGCUAACCUCACUGCCCCACGGCAUUAUCCAUUCUCUCUGCCCAAGUUGCUCUGUAUGUGUUCGUCACUGUUCAUGCGCAUCUUUGCUUGAAGAAACUUCGGUUGCAGAUUGAAACAUUUCAGGUUGCGCAUUUCGCGUGAUGCAUGUAGUAGCCAUUCCUGAUCACAGAACAUAGAUUUCUUGUUCGCACAAUCUACACUGCCUUACCUUCACUUAAGCCAGACAUACAAGGUGCUCAGACACGAAAUGUACAUGGUGUACACAGAGGGACUUGAGCCAGUUACCUUUGCUGUCACUUUCUCUCUCAGAAAUUCUGUUGGCUGCUGAUUUAAACAAUGUCCUCUUUGGAAAUGAUAUGUAAAAUAAAGGCUCUGUGCUU